CAGGAGGGACACUGGCCACACCGCCCCGUGUGUCCCUGCAGCUGCUUGUUCUGGUACUGCUCCUCCUGAUACUGCAUGUUUUACAUCCAUGACUUCCGUUGUCUUCUGUUUACAAUAGCAAAACUGUCUCACUUCCAGUGUAGAUCUUCUCACUUGCUAACAAGGACCUCUGACUGAGUUCAGCAGCCAUGAGUUCGGAUCAGGAAAUGGCCGUAUUUGGGGAGGCUGCUCCAUACCUCCGAAAAUCUGAAAAGGAGCGCAUUGAGGCCCAGAAUAGGCCCUUCGAUGCCAAGACAGCUGUCUUUGUGGCGGAGCCCAAGGAAUCCUUCGUCAAAGGGACGAUGCAAAGCAAAGAAGCUGGGAAAGUGACUGUCAAGACUGACGCGGGGGCAACUCUGACAGUGAAGGAUGACCAAGUCUUCCCCAUGAACCCUCCCAAAUUCGACAAGAUCGAGGACAUGGCCAUGAUGACCCACCUGCACGAGCCCGCGGUGCUGUACAACCUCAAAGAGCGCUACUCAGCCUGGAUGAUCUACACCUACUCGGGCCUCUUCUGUGUCACCGUCAACCCCUACAAGUGGCUGCCAGUGUACAACCCUGAGGUGGUGGCUGCCUACCGAGGCAAAAAGCGCCAGGAGGCCCCGCCCCACAUCUUCUCCAUCUCCGACAAUGCCUAUCAGUUCAUGCUGACUGACCGAGAGAAUCAGUCAAUCCUGAUCACUGGAGAAUCUGGUGCAGGGAAGACCGUGAACACCAAGCGUGUCAUCCAGUACUUUGCAACAAUUGCAGUUACUGGAGACAAGAAGAAGGAGGAAAGUGGCAAAAUGCAGGGGACACUUGAGGAUCAGAUCAUCAGUGCCAACCCCCUGCUGGAGGCCUUUGGCAACGCCAAGACUGUGAGGAACGACAACUCCUCUCGCUUUGGUAAAUUCAUCAGAAUCCACUUUGGCACUACAGGAAAGCUGGCUUCCGCUGAUAUUGAAACUUAUCUGUUAGAGAAGUCUAGAGUUACUUUCCAGCUUAAGGCUGAAAGGAGCUAUCAUAUUUUUUAUCAAAUCACAUCAAACAAGAAACCAGAACUAAUUGAAAUGCUUCUGAUUACCACCAACCCAUAUGAUUACCCAUUCGUCAGUCAAGGGGAGAUUAGUGUGGCUAGCAUUGAUGAUCAGGAAGAACUGAUAGCCACAGAUAGUGCUAUUGAUAUUCUGGGCUUUACCAAUGAAGAAAAGGUCUCCAUCUACAAGCUCACAGGGGCAGUGAUGCAUUAUGGGAACCUGAAAUUCAAGCAAAAGCAGCGUGAAGAGCAGGCAGAGCCAGAUGGCACCGAAGUUGCUGACAAGGCAGCCUAUCUCCAGGGUCUGAACUCUGCUGACCUGCUCAAAGCCCUCUGCUACCCCAGGGUCAAGGUCGGCAAUGAGUUUGUCACCAAAGGCCAGACUGUAGAGCAGGUGACCAAUGCGGUGGGUGCUCUGGCCAAAGCCGUCUACGACAAGAUGUUCCUGUGGAUGGUCGCCCGCAUCAACCAGCAACUGGACACCAAGCAGCCCAGGCAGUACUUCAUCGGGGUCUUGGACAUCGCUGGCUUUGAGAUCUUUGAUUACAACAGUCUGGAGCAGCUGUGCAUCAACUUCACCAACGAGAAACUGCAACAGUUUUUCAACCACCACAUGUUCGUGCUGGAGCAGGAGGAGUACAAGAAGGAGGGCAUCGAGUGGACGUUCAUCGACUUUGGGAUGGACCUGGCUGCCUGCAUCGAGCUCAUCGAGAAGCCGAUGGGCAUCUUCUCCAUCCUGGAAGAGGAGUGCAUGUUCCCCAAGGCCACAGACACCUCCUUCAAGAACAAGCUGUAUGAGCAGCAUCUUGGAAAGUCUGCCAACUUCCAGAAGCCCAAGAUGGUCAAAGGCAAGACUGAGGCCCACUUCUCGCUGAUCCACUACGCGGGCACUGUGGACUACAACAUCACGGGCUGGUUGGACAAGAACAAGGACCCCCUGAACGAGACAGUGGUUGGGCUGUACCAGAAGUCUUCAUUGAAAACUCUAGCUCACCUCUUCUCUGGGGCUCAAACUGCUGAAGCAGAGGCAGGUGCCAAGAAAGGUGGCAAGAAGAAGGGCUCUUCUUUCCAGACGGUGUCUGCCCUUUUCAGAGAAAAUUUGAACAAGCUGAUGACCAACCUGAGGAGCACCCACCCCCACUUUGUGCGCUGCAUCAUCCCCAAUGAGACCAAAACGCCUGGGGCCAUGGAGCACGAGCUCGUGCUGCACCAGCUGCGGUGUAACGGUGUGCUGGAGGGCAUCCGCAUCUGCAGGAAGGGCUUCCCCAGCAGGAUCCUCUAUGCAGACUUCAAACAGAGAUACAAGGUAUUAAACGCGAGUGCUAUCCCCGACGGACAAUUCAUUGACAGCAAGAAGGCUUCUGAGAAGCUCCUUGCAUCCAUUGAUAUUGACCACACCCAGUAUAAAUUUGGUCACACCAAGGUCUUUUUCAAAGCUGGUCUUCUGGGGCUCCUAGAGGAGAUGCGAGAUGACAAGCUGGCCCAGCUGAUCACGCGAACCCAGGCCAGGUGCAGAGGGUACCUGGCAAGAGUGGAGUACCAGAAGAUGGUGGAGAGAAGGGAGUCCGUCUUCUGCAUCCAGUACAACAUCCGUGCAUUCAUGAACGUCAAGCAUUGGCCCUGGAUGAAGCUGUUCUUCAGGAUCAAGCCCCUCCUCAAGAGUGCAGAGACCGAGAAGGAGAUGGCCAACAUGAAGGAAGAGUUUCAGAAAACCAAAGAUGAACUGGCCAAGUCAGAGGCAAAAAGGAAGGAACUGGAAGAAAAGAUGGUGUCACUGUUGAAAGAAAAAAACGACUUGCAGCUCCAGGUUCAGUCUGAAGCUGAAGGUUUGGCGGAUGCAGAAGAAAGAUGUGACCAGCUGAUCAAAACCAAAAUCCAGCUGGAGGCCAAAAUCAAAGAGGCAGUUGAGAGGGCUGAGGAUGAGGAGGAGAUCAACGCUAUCAACUUCACCAACGAGAAACUGCAACAGUUUUUCAACCACCACAUGUUCGUGCUGGAGCAGGAGGAGUACAAGAAGGAGGGCAUCGAGUGGACGUUCAUCGACUUUGGGAUGGACCUGGCUGCCUGCAUCGAGCUCAUCGAGAAGCCGAUGGGCAUCUUCUCCAUCCUGGAAGAGGAGUGCAUGUUCCCCAAGGCCACAGACACCUCCUUCAAGAACAAGCUGUAUGAGCAGCAUCUUGGAAAGUCUGCCAACUUCCAGAAGCCCAAGAUGGUCAAAGGCAAGACUGAGGCCCACUUCUCGCUGAUCCACUACGCGGGCACUGUGGACUACAACAUCACGGGCUGGUUGGACAAGAACAAGGACCCCCUGAACGAGACAGUGGUUGGGCUGUACCAGAAGUCUUCAUUGAAAACUCUAGCUCACCUCUUCUCUGGGGCUCAAACUGCUGAAGCAGAGGCAGGUGCCAAGAAAGGUGGCAAGAAGAAGGGCUCUUCUUUCCAGACGGUGUCUGCCCUUUUCAGAGAAAAUUUGAACAAGCUGAUGACCAACCUGAGGAGCACCCACCCCCACUUUGUGCGCUGCAUCAUCCCCAAUGAGACCAAAACGCCUGGGGCCAUGGAGCACGAGCUCGUGCUGCACCAGCUGCGGUGUAACGGUGUGCUGGAGGGCAUCCGCAUCUGCAGGAAGGGCUUCCCCAGCAGGAUCCUCUAUGCAGACUUCAAACAGAGAUACAAGGUAUUAAACGCGAGUGCUAUCCCCGACGGACAAUUCAUUGACAGCAAGAAGGCUUCUGAGAAGCUCCUUGCAUCCAUUGAUAUUGACCACACCCAGUAUAAAUUUGGUCACACCAAGGUCUUUUUCAAAGCUGGUCUUCUGGGGCUCCUAGAGGAGAUGCGAGAUGACAAGCUGGCCCAGCUGAUCACGCGAACCCAGGCCAGGUGCAGAGGGUACCUGGCAAGAGUGGAGUACCAGAAGAUGGUGGAGAGAAGGGAGUCCGUCUUCUGCAUCCAGUACAACAUCCGUGCAUUCAUGAACGUCAAGCAUUGGCCCUGGAUGAAGCUGUUCUUCAGGAUCAAGCCCCUCCUCAAGAGUGCAGAGACCGAGAAGGAGAUGGCCAACAUGAAGGAAGAGUUUCAGAAAACCAAAGAUGAACUGGCCAAGUCAGAGGCAAAAAGGAAGGAACUGGAAGAAAAGAUGGUGUCACUGUUGAAAGAAAAAAACGACUUGCAGCUCCAGGUUCAGUCUGAAGCUGAAGGUUUGGCGGAUGCAGAAGAAAGAUGUGACCAGCUGAUCAAAACCAAAAUCCAGCUGGAGGCCAAAAUCAAAGAGGCAGUUGAGAGGGCUGAGGAUGAGGAGGAGAUCAACGCCGAGCUGACGGCCAAGAAGCGGAAACUGGAGGACGAAUGUUCGGAGCUCAAGAAAGACAUAGAUGACCUUGAGCUCACACUGGCCAAGGUUGAAAAGGAAAAGCAUGCCACAGAGAACAAGGUGAAAAACCUCACAGAAGAGAUGGCGGGCCUGGACGAAACCAUAGCUAAGCUGACCAAGGAGAAGAAGGCCCUCCAAGAGGCCCACCAGCAGACCCUGGAUGACCUGCAGGCGGAAGAGGACAAGGUCAACACCCUGACCAAAGCUAAAAUCAAGCUAGAGCAGCAAGUGGAUGAUCUUGAAGGCUCCUUGGAGCAAGAAAAGAAACUACGCAUGGACCUAGAAAGGGCUAAGAGGAAACUUGAAGGUGACCUCAAAUUGGCCCAAGAGUCCAUAAUGGACAUUGAAAAUGAAAAACAACAGCUUGAUGAAAAGCUCAAAAAGAAAGAGUUUGAAAUUAGCAAUCUGCAGAGCAAGAUUGAAGAUGAACAAGCUCUUGGCAUUCAACUGCAGAAGAAGAUCAAGGAGCUACAGGCCCGCAUCGAGGAGCUGGAGGAGGAGAUCGAGGCGGAGCGGGCCUCCCGGGCCAAAGCAGAGAAGCAGCGCUCUGACCUCUCCCGGGAACUGGAGGAGAUCAGCGAGCGGCUGGAAGAAGCCGGAGGGGCGACCACGGCCCAGAUUGAGAUGAACAAGAAGCGGGAGGCUGAGUUCCAGAAAAUGCGCAGGGACCUGGAGGAGGCCACCCUGCAGCAUGAAGCCACGGCGGCCACGCUGAGGAAGAAGCACGCGGACAGCGUGGCCGAGCUUGGGGAGCAGAUUGACAACCUGCAGAGGGUCAAGCAGAAGCUGGAGAAGGAGAAGAGUGAGAUGAAGAUGGAGAUCGAUGACCUGGCCAGUAAUGUAGAAACAGUCUCUAAAGCCAAGGGAAACCUGGAGAAAAUGUGCCGCACUCUAGAGGACCAACUGAGUGAACUGAAAUCAAAGGAAGAAGAGCAGCAGAGGCUCAUCAAUGACCUGACAACCCAGAGGGGACGCUUGCAAACUGAAUCUGGUGAAUUUUCACGACAGCUAGAUGAGAAAGAAGCUCUGGUGUCUCAGUUAUCAAGGGGCAAACAAGCUUUUACUCAACAGAUUGAGGAACUGAAGAGGCAACUUGAAGAGGAGAUAAAAGCCAAGAACGCCCUGGCGCACGCCCUGCAGUCAGCCCGCCACGACUGUGACCUGCUGCGGGAACAGUACGAGGAGGAGCAGGAAUCCAAGGCCGAGCUGCAGAGGGCGCUGUCCAAGGCCAACAGCGAGGUGGCCCAGUGGAGGACCAAGUACGAGACGGACGCCAUCCAGCGCACUGAGGAGCUGGAGGAGGCCAAGAAGAAGCUGGCCCAGCGGUUGCAGGCUGCUGAGGAACAUGUGGAAGCUGUGAAUGCCAAAUGUGCUUCCCUUGAAAAGACAAAGCAGCGGCUCCAGAAUGAGGUGGAGGACCUCAUGCUGGAUGUGGAGAGAACAAACGCGGCCUGUGCAGCCCUGGACAAGAAGCAAAGGAACUUCGAUAAGGUCCUUGCAGAAUGGAAACAGAAGUAUGAGGAAACCCAUGCUGAGCUCGAGGCCUCCCAGAAAGAGGCCCGCUCUCUUGGCACUGAGCUGUUCAAGAUGAAGAAUGCCUAUGAGGAAUCCCUGGAUCAGCUAGAAACUUUGAAACGAGAGAACAAGAACUUGCAGCAGGAGAUCUCUGACCUCACUGAGCAGAUUGCAGAAGGAGGGAAACGUAUCCAUGAACUGGAAAAAAUAAAGAAACAAGUGGAACAAGAAAAAUCUGAACUUCAGGCUGCUUUAGAGGAGGCAGAGGCAUCUCUUGAACACGAAGAGGGAAAGAUCCUGCGCAUCCAGCUGGAGCUGAACCAAGUCAAGUCUGAAAUUGAUAGGAAAAUUGCUGAAAAGGAUGAGGAGAUUGACCAGCUGAAGAGAAACCACAUUAGAGUCGUGGAGUCGAUGCAGAGCACCCUGGAUGCUGAGAUCAGGAGCAGGAAUGAUGCCAUCAGGAUCAAGAAGAAGAUGGAGGGAGACCUCAAUGAAAUGGAAAUCCAGCUGAACCACGCCAACCGCAUGGCUGCUGAGGCCCUGAGGAACUACAGGAACACGCAAGGCAUCCUCAAGGACACCCAGCUGCACCUGGAUGAUGCCCUCAGAAGCCAGGAGGACCUCAAGGAGCAGCUGGCCAUGGUGGAGCGCAGAGCCAACCUGCUGCAGGCCGAGAUUGAGGAGCUGCGGGCCACUCUGGAGCAGACAGAGAGGAGCAGGAAAAUCGCAGAACAGGAGCUCCUGGACGCCAGUGAGCGCGUCCAGCUCCUCCACACCCAGAACACCAGCCUGAUCAAUACCAAGAAGAAAUUGGAAACAGAUAUUUCCCAAAUGCAAGGAGAGAUGGAGGACAUCGUCCAGGAAGCCCGCAACGCAGAAGAGAAGGCCAAGAAGGCCAUCACUGAUGCGGCCAUGAUGGCCGAGGAGCUGAAGAAGGAGCAGGACACCAGCGCCCACCUGGAGCGGAUGAAGAAGAACCUGGACCAGACGGUGAAGGACCUGCAGCUCCGUCUGGAUGAGGCUGAGCAGCUGGCCCUGAAGGGCGGGAAGAAGCAGAUCCAGAAACUGGAGGCCAGGGUGCGCGAGCUGGAAGGAGAGGUUGAGAGCGAGCAAAAGCGUAAUGUUGAAGCUGUCAAAGGUCUACGCAAACAUGAGAGGAGAGUGAAGGAACUCACUUACCAGACGGAAGAAGAUCGGAAAAAUAUUCUCAGGCUUCAGGAUUUGGUAGAUAAACUUCAGGCUAAAGUGAAAUCCUACAAGAGACAAGCUGAGGAGUCUGAGGAACAAUCCAACACAAAUCUUUCUAAGUUCCGCAAGCUCCAGCAUGAGCUGGAGGAGGCCGAGGAGCGGGCCGACAUUGCCGAGUCCCAGGUCAACAAGCUGCGGGUGAAGAGCCGGGAGGUUCACACGAAAAUCAUAAGUGAAGAGUGAUCACAUCCUGGUGCUACGGAAUGACUGAAGAGACCCACACAAUGUGGGCCUUCGGUCGUUUCUCUCUGUAAUUAUUGUCUAUUCUACCCUAUUGCGAAGGAAAUAAAGAGCAUAGGGGACUUUGUAAACAGUA